GCCCCUCCAUGGUCAAGAGCAAGAACGUCUUGGGGCCGGAAGAAAGUUAACCCGCGUAAUUUUGAGUAAAGCCCGUUACAGCUUGGAAGCUCAACCACCGCCACAAUAUUCUCGCUGCUGGAAUCAUGAAUGGAAUCACACUUCGUGACUAGCACUGGCCAGAAGGUCAAGGUUCCUCAACCAAUUCUUGCCAAUUCGAAAGAAGAUUCCCACGAGACAUCCAACGUCAGCCUUGUCGAUGGCUGCUAAUCCCUCACUGCUCCGGCCAGUCACUGCUACUGCGCGUACCCUCCUCCACAAUUCGACGAAAUGCUCUCACGUCUUCCAAACACUGCGACAUCAUUCAUCAUCCGUAUCUGCAGAUGAGCUUGCACAUUUCUCCGGGCUCGCCAGCAGCUGGUGGGACCCAAUGGGACCGUCGCGCGUUUUACAUUUAAUGAAUCCUACACGGCACGACUUCAUCGCCUCAUGUCUGGCAGAAUCAACCCCUGCGACGAAAAAUAAGGGAUUGCGAUAUCUAGAUGUGGGCUGCGGCGGUGGCAUAUUCGCCGAGUCUCUGGCUCGUACCCUUCCAACACCACAUAACACGGACGUCCAUCCGCGAACAAAAGCUGCAUCGAUUACGGCGGUGGACCCAUCGCCAAGUCUGAUCAAGAUUGCACGCGACCAUGCACGCAGGGACCCGGAGGUCUUUGCGCAUCUACAAAAUGGCGCAUUUCGAUAUGAGAACACUACGGUAGAGACGCUUGGCAACAGUACAAUUUCAGAUACGGAACACGCGUCUCCUCCAAACCGCGAGUUCGACGUCAUUACCCUCUUUGAAGUCAUCGAGCAUGUCGACCCGGUCACAUCCUCGCCGUCCAGCUUUUUGACGCACUGCCUCCGACUGCUCCGGCCUGGUGGGUGGCUCAUUGGCUCGACUAUCGCGCGCACGAUACCGUCGUUUGUGGUGAACAAGAUGGUGGCCGAGGCGCCGUGGCCGAUCGGCGUAGUGCCAUGGGGAACGCACGAAUGGAGCAAAUUUGUCAACGCAGACGAGCUCCGGGGGUGGGCGGAGGAAGGGCUUAUGAGGGCGGCGGACGGACGGGCGAGCCGGGCAGGCAGCGAGGCGCUUGAGGGCAUGAAGUGGAAAGUCGGCGGCGUGGUAUAUGUGCCCGGAUGCGGAUGGAAGAUGGUGCAGGGAGGGGAGGACUGGGGGAACUACUUCUGGGCGGUGCAAAGGGGUGACCAUUAAGUAUUAAUAUUAGAUAUAGAGUGUAAAUAGUGUUGAGCUGUAUGAUUAAAGAUCCAUGCUAGACUCCCUGUCGAUAGGAUCCACGAAGCAAUAACUAUGCUAGUAUGACGAAUACCUCCUUCAGUCGUGGAAGCACGAACGGCCUCACCAGUCACUAAGUGAUUCUAAU